AUUUGCUACUCGAGUGAGCGAGCUGCUUUAGGCCUCCACAUCUCCCACCCCGGCAGGCAGCGAGCGGCGGCUUCCAACGAGAGGCCAGGCGAGGAUGGACAGGCUGAACGCGAAGUUGUACCUGCAGAACUGCUACAUCAUGAAGGAGAACGAGCGGCUGCGCAAGAAGGCGCUGCUGCUCAACCAGGAGAACCAGGCCCUGCUCACCGAGCUCAAGCAGCGGCUCGCCAAGACGGCGGCGGCCAACACCAACAGCGCCAAGGCCAACGGGAACGCGGCGGCGGCAGGCAACCGCGCGGCCAUCCCUGACCUCAACGCUGCCGCUCCAGGGGCGCACGGCGGCCACGAGAAGAAGGCGGCGCCCAAGCCCAAGAAGGCGGUCGCCAACUGAUACGCGGCCGGUUACUGUCGUAGUGUCAUGAGCUAGAGUUUGUAGUUCCUAUUAAUUGUUUACUUCCUGGAUGUUAGGGCUGUGUGUUUGGUUUCAGCUGAUGGAGAUCGCAUGCCUACUGAUGUGUAGCAGAGUCCUCAUGGAUAGGAUGGGUAGCUAGAUCAGCUAGGGGUAUAUAGACAUAGUUGGGGUCAUUGUGUGCUGCAUGGCAGUGAUGCUUCAGCAGCUCUUGCUUUUCAGGGGUGUUUAGCACAACUUGCACCAGAGCAUAUGGCAAAUGUUAUCUGCUGCUUGUUUGA